AUGACAGGUUGCCGGUGUUGCGUUUUUCUCACGAUUUUCACGUUGUCGGUCGUGUUUGGAAAGAGCUUCCCCAAGCACGUGGGCCUUGUGAAGGCGAGAUUCGGGGACACUCUGGGGUACGGGGCGGCAGGGAACCGCUCGCGGGUGCAAAGGCGUGGUUUCAGACUCACAGUUUUUCUUGACCUCACGUGCCCUGUGCCCAGACUUCGACGUGCAGAUCUUCUCGCAGCGCCGCGAGUUGCCUUUUUGUCACUUUUUGUUGGCCGCUUGCAGGUGAAUCCAAUUCGUGCUACUGGGGACUCUUUGGCUGGGCACCUGUGCGGAUUGGUGUCAACUCGGCCUUUGAGCAGUGUUUCAGGUUUGGUCCUGGAUUUUGAAGGUCGUGUUUUCGCGCUUCCCCGUGCCAGGCUUUGUUUUGACAUCGAGGCAUACUGCCCGGGCCUUCGCUGCUUCCGUUGUCAUGGCCAUCAAUGCCAACUGAUCUUUGAGGUUUGGGUCCCAACUCGUCAAUCUGUCAGGCCCCCUGAUCUUUGGCUUAGCGAGGCCCGGAUACCCCCCCCGUCCCGUGCCAUGAUUUGCGCGACUCGGGCCUUUUUGCUGAUUGCGCCGUCAGUGUUGAUGUGCGGAUUUGAACUGAGCUUUCAGGGUUGGGCCCAACCUUGA